AUGAAGUCGACUCUACACGGCGUUAAUGGGAAUGGAAAUGAUCAAAAGCGGCCCGUCAAAAGCCGGUUAGAAUUCGACGACACCGUUUACAAAUCUGCCACGGAAGCUCUAGAAGCUUACAUCGCUCAGUUUGAGGGUGUCCGAAGCUUCACGACUUAUCCACGGCGUCCUUCCGAUUUGCUCUCUCCGGCGCCGAAAUUUUACUUUAUGGAUUCACUGGAAAGAAGAUUUAACAGUUCCUCUAACAAAUCUCCUGCCAAGAAAGUCGAUGAGCUUUUACAGUGGGUCAACGUAGCUUACGCCAAGGAGUUAUCGACGAAAGUUGUCCCUUUUGGAUACAGUACUACCUCCAAAUUAUCUACUUCAGGUGAGCAGGGUUGGUAUUCAGUUUUAUACGAUAAUCGUUAUUUGUCCCGUACGCCAUGUUUAGCCUCGUGGUUUUUGAGGAGUUUGUAAAGUAAAGUUAACCUCAAAUAUGAUGUAUAUGUAAGGUUAAUGGUACAGUGAAUGAGCACUACUGGUCUUCCAGCUUUAAUCAAUAGACGUACGCGUCCCAGGUAACCGCGUAUAAAAUCCUCGUAUUAAAAUUCCAGGAGAUCAUUCGAACCUUUCUUGUACAAAUAUCUUGGGGUUAGUUCUCUAUAACGAUCUCCUUUCGUCAUCUGUAUAUCGGAGUGACCUUUUGGAGUAGGAACCAAGUUUUUUAAUACAUGUAAAAGUCAAACUUGUGCCAUUUUUGGUCGUCAGCGGGUGCCUACUGCAAAUUUAUUCCGAAUUUGCGUUUAACCUUCAGUCGUUAUGAGUAAACAAACCAAGCAAGCACGCAGUCAAUCUUUUUAGAUUUUAAAAUUUAAGCUUACAUGCUAAGUACUAAUUAAACUUCACCUGACUGAAAAAUACCGGAACGAUUGUCUCAAGAAUUAUUGAAAAUCAGCUGGGAAUAAAUCCUAAAAGUCUUCGACCAUCACGACGGUAACAGAAACAAAGUAAAGCAUAAAUUAUUCAACGGGACGCUGGUCUAAGCUGUCAUUAUCAUACGGUAACCAGACUUCUUUCAUGUUAGAGCUUUAAAAUACAUUGUAGCUUUUUAGAUAGGUAAAUUUGAAAGAUACGUUUAUUUUGUUGGGAGUAAAAAUUAUUGUACAGUUCAAUUAUUGAAUUAUUGUAUACUUAGGAAAACAAGUUGUAGGUCAUAUUAUUCAGAGCAAUUGCCUCAUGAAUUAUCGACAAACGACACCUUAUUUUUAAGAAUAGUUAAGCCACUCUUUGCUUUGAAUCAGAAGCAACUUCAGGUCCAUGUGUCUGGUUUUUUGCAUUUUGAUAAUAAAAAGUUUACUCCUUUUUCAGAAAUAUUUUUCAUUCAAGAACAGCACGUUUGCUUUUAAGAAUGUUGUUUAGAGUUUUAGAGCUGAAGAACUUCUUGAUGUCUGAAAAUUCUGGCAAAGAAUAUUUUGUUCAGCAAAUACAAAUCAGUUGAGAUGCUGCAAGCUGCAAUGCAACAAAUGGUACUCCUUUGUAUCCACUGAAAUCUGACAUUCCCUGACAGGUUGAAAUUCUGUUGGCCAAUCAGGAAUGCUUUUUGCUCUGUCCACUGGUGAACAGAGUUUCAAAAAAUAAUCUCAUGGGGGUUGAAUGUCGAGAUUAGUAAGAGGAAAACAUUUUCUUCAAACAUCAGCAAAUUUAUAGAGUCCAUCAGCAGCAGGUCUAGGAAAGAAGCUUGAGGGUACUGUACCCUCACCUUAUUGAUAAUCCAAACGCUGUAGGCCAAAGCCUGUAGGGCAGAGAAAAAAAACAUUUUCAAGUUCUGGUCCUUAUCUUCCCUGAGAGUGUGGAUGAGUGAGCCUCUCCUUACUUGUGGGUUGAGAUCUGUCUGUGACGUUUUGAACCCCUCAAGAAAUCUUCUUUGGUUGUAAUCACUGGUACAGUGUAAUUGCAGCCUAGUUUUGAUGACAAGACUGCAGUUGUCAACAUUUGAUACUUACUUUCCCCAGUCUACAUGUACAGAUUGUCUCAAGAGGUCAAUAAAAUUGUCCUGCUUAAAGGAUUUUAAAUUUCGUUUCUCACCAAAUCGAAGGUAGGGAGAGGUGUUUUAUCAAUAAUUGUCAUGCAAUUAUUGCAUUACAAUUUAUUAUUAUUUGUUUGCAUCGUUGAUUGUGAUUGGUUCCAGUUAUGAUUUUUUAUUCAGUAUUUCAUUUUUGACAUGCUGCUAAGCAUUACAUACACUGUAUACAGCUAUUUCGAGAAAGGUUGUCAGAGAAAAAUGUGUGUGCAACAAUCCCGAAAGGUAAUAUGGGAUAUGAUCAAUACACUGUUCCUGACACUGUAGCUUUGGAACUUAGUUUUGUUGCUUUCCUGUAGUAAUUUCAAACAUAAGUCCAUCGCCUCUCGUGCCAUUUUUUUCAAAUUUCUUUAAUUCUAAUUCUUUUAUUGAUAAAUAAGUACACAAAGCACAAGUUAACGAUAAUAAGAUGCCAAAGCCAGAGGCUUAUAUGGCGUAGGUCAGAGAGUUACAAUGUGCUGCUAAGUUACAAUGAGAAUAAAAAUUAAUAAGUACAAAAUUACAGAGAAAAGGCAAACUAUUACAACAUAUAAAGAAUUAUUACUGCAUAUAAAGCAAAAUAAACAUAACAAUUAAUGAUAGAACAGUGAACUCAAAACCACCCACAAUACCUUUCAGGAUUGUCGCGUGCACUUUUUCCAACAGCCUUUCUCGAAACAGCUGUAUAUUUACACUGUACAUGUAGUGCAUGUAAAUAGUUGUUCCUUGUCCAAUGAUUCACCGGCAAUUUGCCUCUUUCAACGUUUACAGAUGAAGACGAUAUGAAUCCUUUUAGUGUAGGUGGAUAUCCUUCCAGAUGGGGCCAUGGUGAUGAACUCUCCACCCUCCCCUCUCCCAGUUCAUCUGUUGUUGAUCUCGAUAGCAAUGCUGGUACUGUGGAAACAGAAGUUCUUCUGAGCAGUUACAAAGGAAUUCACCAAUCCUCUUCAGGUGCAGUACCACAGUGGAAAUUGAAUUUCUACUGGAAUUAAUUUCUGAAUUGUUUAUAUUUAUUCACAGAGAACAGAACCAAACAUACUGUAUCAGGUGAAAAUACUUGAUGAUUUUAUAAAAAUAAUUUUUCUGCAGUUCUUCCAACUUGCUCCAUAUCUAGAUGCCACAAUUUUUAUUCUUUAAGGUGGCUCGACUGGAUUUUUUUAGGGGGAUACCUCCCAAGUUUGAGCCUUAACUACGUCGGUAUGAGUAAAGAUAUGGAAAAAAGGUUACCACAACUGUAUUACAUAAAGAUGAAAAUUUCUUAUGAUGUGGGUUUUAUUGCAAUCGGAGUCACCAUGGCAACAAAGUGACACCAUUACGUUUUUCAUUUAUCUUUGUGUUUUUCUGUACCAGGAGUUUUUUGAAGAAAUCGCUUAAGGGAGUAUGUACCUGCCAUAAUUGCCUCCAUUGUGGCAAAGUUUGAAGAAAUUCUAUGAGAGCGUUUUCGAGAUAUUUCGAAAUGCAGUUUUAAGAAUCAUAAAAACAGUGAAAUAGCAUGCUAGCCACACAAUUUGCUAAUAUUUUAAGAAAAUGAUAAGCUUUGGGAACGCGGCUUCAUCUCAUUGUGGUUUGAUUCCUUUUAAAGUGCAUACAAAAAAAGAGGGGGAAUUGCUCUGGGUGAUCGCGAGUAAGAGGAAUUUUAUUAACUUGCAUUCAGCUGCUUUUGAUACAGUUUUUGGAGGUAAUUUGUCCCAUGCCUAAAAAUUUCGCAUUUUUCCAAAAACCGCUCAAUAAAUUUUUUUAUAAAUUCGACAAUCCCGAGAUCAAUCGUCAAGAAAUAUUCCCUGCGAGUUUUAAGAACAUUGAAAACAGGGAAGGCUUUUAAAUAGGGCCUCAAAUGUAGCCAAUUUUCCCCCCAGAUUUUGUGUUUACAAGCGAGCGUCCUCAUUAUUCACUGGCAUUAUUUUCAAGUUUCAUAUACACGUGCACAUUUAGCAAAAAGAUAGAAUUUGCAUCAAAAAGGACCCUCGGUUAAAUCUCCGGAAUAUGCUAAUUACCGGAUAAAGAGGUUAGUGAUACAUUAUAACAUCAGAGCAACUCUUUGUGACAGUUUCUGUGAUGUUUUAACCCAAGUAAGAUAAUUAAGUAUUGCAUCCUACACAAUGAGCCGUGACGUUCACCGUUUCAGCUCUCACUGCUAUCUGUGACGACAAGCCAAUUAUUAGCAUAUACCGGAUAUUUCUUCGGAAAGUAAUCAAGAGUUCUUUUUGAUGCAAAUUUAUAUCUUUGGCUAGUUGUGCACGUGCAUAUGAAACUUGAAAACAAUGCCAGUGAAUAAUGAGGACGCUCACUUGUAAACACAAAAUCUGGGGGCAAAAUUGGUUAUGUUUGAGUCCCUAUUUAAAAGCCUUCCCUGUUUUCAAUGUUCUUGAAACUUGCAGGGAAUAUUUCUUGACGAUUGAUCUCGGGAUUGUCAAAUUUAUAAAAAAAUUUAUCGAGCGGUUUUUGGAAAAAUGCGAAAUUUUUAGGCAUUGACCAAAUUACCUCCAAAAACUGUAUCAAAAGCAGCUGAAUGCAAGUUAAUAAAAUUCUUCUUACUCGCGAUCGCCCAGAGCAAUUCCCCUCUUUUUUUUUGUAUGCAGUUUGCAAUGGAAUCAAACCACUAUGAGAUGAAGCCGCAUUCCCAAAGCUUAUCAUUUUCUUAAAAUAUUAGCGAAUUGAGCGGCUAGCAUGCUAUUUCACUGCCUUGAUGAUUCUUAAAACUGCAUUUCGAAAUAUCUCGAAAACGCUCUCAUAGAAUUUCUUCAAACUUUGCCACAAUGGAGGCAAUUAUGGCAGGUACAUACUCCCUUAAGCGAUUUCUUCAAAAAACUCCUGGUACAGAGAAACACAACAAUAAAUGAAAAACGUAAUGGCGUCAUUACGUUGCCAUGGCGACUCCGAUUGCAAUAAAACCCAGAUCAUAAGAAAUUUUCAUCUUUAUAUAAUACAGUUGUGGUAACCUUUUUUCCAUAUCUUUACUCAUGCCGACGUAGUUAAUGCUCAAACUUGGGAGGUAUCAACCCCAAAAAAUCCAGUCGAGCCACCUUAAUAGACCUUUUGCAUUAGUUGAUCAAGUGAUCAACUUUCAGUAAACACGAAAACAGUAUGCUUUUGAAAUGUUUUGUUAGCACUAGCUGAAAGAACAUAUUAAAAUUAGGUAACCUGUAAAUAUUCAGCUGUGUAUCUCAAAAGUAGCGAUUGCAACGGCUGCUGAAAAUUAGAAGGAUUUGUAUCAGAAAAACAACUCUUGCCACCCAGUCACGUUUGAGUGGUUUUCCAUAUGACUCCUUGUAAAUUCUGAAAUUUUUAAAACUAAUGUUUAAUCUUUCCCUUACACAUUUAGGUCUCAAAGUGCCUGUUAUUAAGAGGAGAUUUGGGCCCUGUAAUGCUUAAGUAUUUCAUGACAGUUUGAAAAUUUCAAAUUUUCAUUUAAGUAAUUCACAAACAUGUAACUAUAAUUUGAAAGUCCAAUUUACAGUACUGUUAUGGGUGCAAACAAGGCCAAAGUUGACCUUGUUUUAAUACAACCCUUCCACCUUUAUUUUGUAAAUCAUGUUGUUCUUAUGCUAACGAUUAUUUUUUUUAGUAAAAUUUUCAUAAGGAAAGAAAUGAGGUUUGUAUCAAAACAGUUCAACCUCAGCCUCACUUUCACUCAGAGGCUAGGGUACCAAGCCCAUAACUGUAAAAUGGUCUAUUACGUACAUUUGCGCGUGAACAAACUAGAAAUGCGUAAAAAAAAUGACUGAAAUACAGCGUUCACAUAACCAACUAAUGCUUACCAUAAACCCAGUGGUUCUUUUUGAAUUAGAAAACACAUCAUAAUUACAUUUUCAUUGAGAUAUUUGUUUCUGACAUUAUUAAAACUGUAUACUUCGUUCUUCUUUCGUGAAAAAAGUAAGCGACUUCUCUGAGCAAAGCAGCCGACACAUUCAGAUUGGCCACCAUAGAGGAAUUAAGAAGCUGACAUUAUGAGCAAUAGCCCUUCAUGAGAGUGAAUCCAGUGACGAAUUUGCUCUAACAUAGGCUGAGCACUCAAAACAUCAAUUUUUUAAAAUGAAAAUUAUGGGCGAUUCUUGCUCCACGGUACAAAUGUAUACUUUUCUUUAUCAGGGGUAUACUCUCACAUGGCAUCAUUUAAAUCUCCACCAAAGCCCAGACCAGUCACAAGAGCAAGCGCAGUACUACCGUUAAGUCUUAUGGGCUCGACCCACAGUCCUGAACCAUUUCUUAUAGGUUCGACCCAUCUUCUGGAACUGUCAAGAAGUUCUGUGUUUUUGUCUAGUGGUUCCAUUGUACCUAGUAUCAGUUUUGAUUUAAUUAUUUAAUCUAUUAAACAAUAAUUUUAAUGUAAUAUAUUUCCUUUAUUCGUUAGUUUUUGUUUUGUAGAUACUGACUGAAAAGUCUUAGGGGAGUUACUACUGAUUAAAGUGUGUUUCCAUCCAUGUAUCUAAUAAUUAGCACAGGAUCAUGUCAGUAGCUAACUGUAGGAUAGGAUAGGAUAGGAUAGCUGCUUUAUUAUCAACAGAGCGCCUACAGACACAUGUGUUUACAACAAUAACAAAGAUUUUAGUGCAAUAAUUACAGAGGUGUACAUUUGUAGAAUUUAUACAACUAGACGAGGUUAUAUUUAACGCGUCUUUCUCUUUCGCGGAAGCGAUCGCACACGUAUUUAGCCACAAUUUUUUUUUCUGAGACGUGGUUCAUGAUUUUUAAUUGAUGAAGAAAGUUUUUCAUGUAAGAAGGUUGCUGUCGUGGUCAGUUACAGCUACAUACCGAAUUAUUAUUUGUAACGUCAAGUUUGCCGGAUGCGGGUUGAGAGUGCCCAAUGGGGUUCGGCUUCAAUCCCACCAUCCUGGUCUGUACUUGAAAUGUGAUUCAAUUUUAUUGUUCUUUUGCAGUCUUGAUAAGAAGUUCUCCGGCUCGAGCAGCCAUUCAUCUUCUUCAGAGACUGAAAUAGGAAAAAAACCGUUUAUACCGAGCCCUGCUUCCAGAUCCACUCCAGCGCUUAAGAUCUCUGAUCUACGUGGUGGAGGUCGCCACCCAUCAAAAAGGGUCCAGGAACCUUCCACUAUAGAGAUGGCGGAGACAAGGAUGAACGGCGUUGAUUGGAAUGAUGCGGCAAGCAUAGACACGGACGUGCUAGUAUCCCAGUCUGUAUAUGGACCUAAUCCAGUGAACAUGGGAGGUGAAUUCCAUAACUCUUUAUACAAAGACAAAAGAGUGGCACGGCUGAAAAAAGAGUCAACUAAAAAGCUCAGAAAGAGCUCAGGUAAGGAGAAGUCCACAGAACAUUCUUUAGUUCCACAAAGAAGGUCAAAAAGUCAAACCUUUUCUCCCACGAAAACGUCAGGAAGGAAUGGGGAACCAUUCCGCGCGAGAGCCGAAACCAAGGAAAGUACUCCUGUACGCCAUAAAUUGAGGGAUUUCUCCCCUGAAAGAAGUCCUUUUACUGAGCUACCCGCAAGAUACAGCCUACCACCACAGAGUGAUAGAUAUGGAGCAUCAGAAGUAGCUGCAUGGAAUAGCAUUUCACCACAGGCCAUAAGAUACAGCUUACCACCACAGAGUGAUAGAUACAGAAGGGCAGUGGAUGAAACCGGCUCACAGAGGUACAUUUCACCUCCUGCUGUUAUCAGGUAUUCACGGCCAUUCAACCCCAAACAGGAGGAGGGAUCACCACUAUCUGCAACUAGACAACUAUAUGAAAAAUUUAGUGGUGAUAAAUCACCAUCGCGGUCCAACAAACCGAUGAAGAUAAACAUACCGAGUCGUAAGGAUGACAGUGACUUAGAAUCUGAAGACACCGAUAGAGUCAUGCGCAAAUCACCUACAGGAAUUAAAAUGGAGAAGAUUUAUAGAGAUCCCAGUACAAUGUAUCCAUGGAAAAGUAUGAUUCAGAGUUCUAGGUCACAAGCAAAUCCCGGUGAAGUGACACAUUCUAAAGUAAAGCGACCCCAGUACCACUCAACGCCUGCAGUGUUAGAGGGUUCAAGUAGUGCUGCUCUGCAAGCUGGUCGUCGGAACCAUAAAAAAGACGCAUUUUCAGCAGCAAGAACUACUUUUGAGGGCAGGUAUGCUAGUACAGCAGAUAACUUCAAAUUCAGACCUCCAAAAACUGUAUUCGCUAGCUCAAGUUACCGGCAAUCAAGAGAUGAAAAACUUGCUAAAUCUGCUCCACAUGCAAGGUACAGCAAACCUUCUACUGUCCCGAGGAGCAGAGUGAGGAACCUAACUCAUAAAAGAAGUAAAACUGUUCCGGCAGAUUUACGGCGGGUAGCCGUCAUAACCUCAGCAACUAGGCCCUCAAGGCAUUCUCGACGCAGUCUUGACGAUGACGUCAUUAGCUUGAACACGGUUGACACCGAAAGCCUCAUUACCCGUCCACCUAUGCCUGUUUUUCAUGCCAGUCCGUCGUUAACUACAGUGUCAGAUAGUGAAACAUUAGUUGACUCCGAAACUGAAACAGAGAUUGAACUGGAUGUGGCAAGAGAGCGUCAACCGAGCUCACGUCAUGUUACAGAGGUACAACAUAAUAGUGAUCAGAUUUCUCCCACUAGCGCGUUUGCGUCGACAAAUCCUCACGCUGCAGUUCGAGAGAAACUUCCGGAAAGAUUUCAGCUGUGGAAACUGUAAGUGUGUUAUCGUUAAUGCAGAGUACAAAAAUAGGCCAAUAGACCUCUUUAGCUGGGACCUCUACUGGGAAAACAAAACAAACAAGUGGAAUUUGACCCUUGUCUUUUCAUAAAUUAUGCGUGCAUAUGCACUUGAAUAAAACGAAAUUUGAAAGAAACAGUUCUCUAGAGUAUUAUCACAUGACCUGUAUUGGGAAAACAAAACAUACAAGCUAAAGAGGUCUAUUUACAAAUGUACGCUAUGCAACCUAGCAUUUGAGUGGAAGCUAGGCUGGCGGUGACUUAAUUGUCUACUGCCAUAUUUUUAGAUACCAUAUUAAAUUCUUCUUGCGAUUACUUUCAACAUAGUUGAAGCUCUUCGUGUGACCAGUCUCUUAAGUGGCCAACUCUAGUUAUUUCCAAGGUUGAAAACCUCCAUUCAUAUUACUUGAUAAUAGCUUUACAAGUCAAUUUGUGCUGCUGUUGUUCUGCGAAUUUGUCCGUUAUUACAUUUGUACGUCAAAUUUGACUCUUGCGACCUGUUUUUUUUUUUUCAAAUAAACUCACAAUUUGCCUGACUUAUUUUUGGCUCUCACAAAGUCAAAUCAUCAAUCGAAUGUACGAUCUCACCUUGAGUCUCCAUUCAUUCUUUUCGUGCCACCGUGCUGAUACACAUGUAUCGGUAAAACCACCUUUUGAUAUCUUCUUUGAACCCUUUAUGAUUUUGUAUGUUACAAUGGUAUUUUUCUCGAGGGCAAACGAAAUGGCAGAAUCUUAAUUCCAAACUCAUUUCUGAGUUGUUAAGAGUAAAAAAAUUGCAGUCCUUGAUACGAAAUGUAUUUUGGUUACUGUACAGAGAUGACGAUACAAAAGCGCCUGACAGCUUCAUUAAAAGGCGCUUUACAAGUCCUAAGUCUGGUGUCAUAUCAUCCUUUCUGGAAGACUGUUUAAGUGUUGACAGCGAUGAUCCAAAGCUGACUGUAAGUUUGCAUUCAUUAUUUUAUUAAUGCCUCUAAGGUCUCUGAAUAUCGUGAUGUUAGUCUUUCGAGUAAUCUGAGAGGGAGAACAUCAAAAGUAGCUCAGAAGUCAAGAGCUGACAGCUUCGAAAUCUACGUCGAGGAAACUGCGUUAAUGUUUUGUUUUAACUAUAGCGUGUCCUUGAAUCUGAAUUGCUGCUGUAUAGGGUUUGGCGAAUGAGUUUGGAUCGGUGUCCAACACGUUCCAUCCGUCUGACGGAUAGAACGUCUGAAGAUUGCAUCCAGGACAAACGUCGAUCUUCACACGCGACGAACCGACGCUUAAAAUUAGAAGGUGCACUGAGUUGUAAAAAGUUGUCGCUGCUAUUUGUGUGGAAAGACUGUGUGUUCGGUCUCUUCGUUCAGCGGUCUGAAUCAUCUAAAAACUGAUCUUUUGCGGUCUAUUUUUGAAUCCUCAUAAUACACUUUGAUAUUGUUAUUGCCAUUAUUAUACUAAGUUACAUGUAUUGUUUUCAAUUAAUGGGCAUGGGAGCGUUUAUGCAAAAAAACGUGUACGCCCUAAAACGUGUGCGGCCCUUUAUAUCCAAAGAAACUGCAAUUCAAAUUUAUAACGUAUUAAUUAUGCCUCAUUUUGAUUACUGCAGCCCCGUCUGGGACUGUUGUGGUUACUUGAGUGAUAAGCUCCAAAAAUUACAGAAUCGUGCAGCCAGAGUUAUUACCAAAUCACCCUUUGAUGCGAGCUCAAACCACCUUCUCUCCACCCUCAGCUGGGAGAGGCUAUCUCUUCGACGAAAGAAACAAAAAGCCUUAAUGAUGUAUAAAACCAUGAAUGACCUUGCUAUCUCUCAGCGUCACUCUGCUUACAACUUAAGAAACUCUGAGGGAAGGCUGACCCUGUCCAAACCAAGCACCAAUUAUUUGAAACGAAGCUUCUCUUACAGCGGGGCCAUGUUAUGGAAUAAUUUGCCCAAAAACUUUAAAAAUGCUGCAUACGUGGAGCAUUUUAAGCGAAAUAUCAAGAAGGUAGCUGAUAUAUCGGAUUCCCACACGGCAAUCAUGAAAAGCAGUGGUAAUUAGUUUUAGUUUUUAACUUAAGCUUAACUGAUGAUUUCCCGUGUUUAAAUAAAGAUUUACAUACAUACAUACAUACAUACAUACAUAGGGGGGCAAACAGAUUGUGUUACGGGAGAUUCGAAAAAAGAGUAAUUUUAAUGUCAAGUGCAUAUGAAAUCCAGUCGUGUCCGAGGAGUAACUUGAGUACACAUUGCAUGGUGGCAUUUGUUUGUUGUUUCUAUAUUUAGAAAGCAGAUGAUAACAUGCCUUCUGCAAGACUCAGUGGAAAAGAAGCCGCCCCAGGCCCCGUGGAAGCUUUGAAGCAGAUGUUGUUUACUAUGCAGGAUAUGGCACAUCAUGAAACAUUGGACAACGGUCAGUUUUAUAUGGUAAGUAUCAUACAUUAAUCAGUUGAAAUACGUGCGUCUCGCCAUUACAGUAUACUAGAUAGGGUUGUGAUCCAGUGUGCGCUUGCGUGAACUGCUAACAAUAAUCUUUUAUUGUGUUUCCAUUUAAGAAUACGGAUUUCAAGACUAGAGAAGCAAAAGACUUUUCAGAGUCAGGUAGGAUUUGAAAGAAGUGCUUCCUAACUCGUGAUCUGGGAGUUUUUGCGAAUACCUUAACCUUCAACGCCUAGAAGAGUGUUGCGUGUUGCUUCAAAGAUUUGCUUUGGGUUUAUUUCCUGAGUACACUACAGCUGGUCAUGUAUAAGAAGCUUGUAUCAAGGCACAUAAAUCUUAAGUAAAAGGGUUUAUAUAGCAUGUCAUUCAGCAAUCAGGUCUUACUAAGAUAGUCUAUCCUUUAAUUUUUAUCUCCAUUUGCGCAGAUAACCAAAGUGAAAAGGAUUCCGACAUUUUUCGUGGAGAAGUAUCUUUGCAAAGGUACAAAUACAGUUCUUGAAUGUCAGUUUACCGUUAUAGUAAUUAUAGUGGCCAUGUUAUGAAAACGCUCAUACAUGAAUUUUUGUGAACGAAGACGUAUUCGUGCAUCCAUAUGCAGAGAAAUUUUUGUGACUUAUAUUCCCUUAUUGUAAUAAAAUGUGAGUUAGCUUUACCAUACAUAACAGCUUGGAGGUUCUAAUUGAAUUUCCUUUCCCCGGCAUCUAUUAAUGGAGCAUAUGUUUUCCUUUCUGUCCGGCAGGGCGUACCAUCAUCUUGAGCGGCUCAAGAGACUUGUAGGAAGAGAAGAUGAUCGAUCUUCAGUGAGCUCCGUCAGCUAGUGUAGUUAAGUAUCUUCUGAUCAUAGUUUUGGAACAAUAAAGCCUUCCUUGGUGGAAGCGGACUUUUUGUCACUUAUCGCACAAACGUCUGGACCAUGACUCUAGACAACUAUCCUUAUUAAAAAACCUAUCCAGGCUUUUUUCGAUCUGAAAGCUGAAUCGAAUGCUAGUACCUGAGUGGUUGUAAAUCAAGGUCUUUUUACCGAUCCUCAUAGCUUUGGGUAAAAGCUUAGUUUACGCGGAAAUGGAUUCAUCAUUUCAUUUUAUUGGUUAGGUGUAGCAUUCGAAUAAUAUCCUACACAAUACAGUAAAGCUUAGGGCAUCUAACACACUAAAAAUAUAGAUAGUUCAAAUAUAGAUUGUUUAGCUUUUGCAUUUUCAAAUAUUCCAUGCAAUCAUGAGUUUUAAAAUAGUAUGAGACUACAGGGGUGAAUGAUUCACGAAAAUUUAUUGGUGAUUUUAAUGGCAUAUUUUUGACAAACAUAUAAUAAUCACAGAGUAAUAUAUAUGGAUAUUUAUGUCAUUACAGUUGACUUGUAUUGGAAAUUGUUUAGGCACCACGGUGUAAGUAUUGUAACACAACAGAUUAAAAAUCUUUUAUUUUGUUGAACACGGGGAACGUGGAAAAUUUGGUGUCGAAGUUUUAUCUUGUGAACUCUAAUGCGCAGGACUAUGACUAGCUAGG